AUGUCACAGGAACAGAUAGACAAUUUUAUGGCGAUUACGAGUACUGAGGACUCCAACGUUGCCAGACAAUUCAUUGAAAUGGCUGAUGGCAAUUUAGACAUUGCAAUUUCAUUAUUUUUUGAGCAUGGCAGCAGCUUACAAACUAGUGACAGUCAUAUUCAUAACAGUACUGCUGACUCUGAAAUGGCCGAAAGAUUACAGAAUGAAGCAUACCAAGAAUCACAGGAGGAAUAUGUCAGGCCUCCCGAUGAAGCUAGACACGAGACUUUGACAGAUACGCACGUUUUUCAUGGGACAUAUGGCGGGAUUGGAGGAAGUUUUAACCCUUUGACUCGCAAUGCUGAUGACAUGUUUGAUCAUUCCAGACCAAGAGGCGUUUUCAAUCAGCAUCUAGAGGGUGAUUAUUCGGAUUUUUCCAACAGUGGAGAUUCAGAAUCAGAUUAUGAGUAUGCUGAAGAGACGGUUGUGGAGUUGGACGAAGAUGGGAACGUACAGGAGGUGAAUAGAAUGGUUAGAAGACCAAGAACUUUGACCAAAGAAGAAAAGUUGGCAAAAUUGUUCAGACCUCCCUUUGAUGUAAUGUCAAGAAUAUCAUUAGAUGAAGCAAGAGCGAAGGCUAGAGACUCUAAAAAAUGGAUCAUGAUAAAUAUUCAGGAUACGGGGAUCUUUCAAUGCCAACAAUUGAAUAGGGACCUUUGGGCCUCUAGAGACGUUAAACAUUUGAUCAGAAAGUCCUUUGUUUUUUUACAAUAUCAAUUUGAAUCUACGAAUGCUAAACCAUAUCUGAACUUCUAUGGUGUUAAAGAUAAGAACGAUUUACCUCAUAUUGCAAUUCUUGACUCUAUAACGGGAGAACGAUUAAAACAAUGGAAUCGUUCUGUGCCCACACCAAUAGAGUUCAUAACCGAGGUCAAUAAGUUUCUGGAAGAAUUUUCCUUGGAUCCAAAUUCAGUAAACCCAACAAUAAAAGAACCUACCCCAGAGUUGGAUCCAACAGAAUUAACUGAGGAACAACAAAUGGAAUUCGCUAUCAGAGAAUCUCUUGGGGUCUCGCCUGACAAAUCUGCUGUUCUUGAAGAACAUCAUACUAAUGAAGAAGAUGAACAAGUAGAACUGGACCCAUUUGACUCGAUUGUACCUGCAACACAUUCAGAACCCCCGAAUAAACCAGGCAUCACCACCAGAAUACAAAUACGCACAGGAGACGGCAAAAGAAUUGUUAGAAGGUUUAAUGCUUCAGAAGAUACUGUACGCACCAUUUAUCAGUUUAUUAAGCACGAACUGGAGGAAUUCAAAGACUGCAAGUUUCUUUUGAGUGAUCAUGGUAGAGAGAACCUCAUAGACAAGCUGGAUAUGACUAUUGAAGACGCAGGACUCAAGAACAGUUCAGUACUGCUAGAAAAGGAAAAUGAUUAA